AUGGAUGCCUUCUUCCAGGCACCCCAGCUCAAUAAUGUUGUAUACGCGAAAUACGAAAAAUACGCCUUUGGUUGUGAUAUCCACCGUGGCUCUUGGCUUGUACCAGAAGUUCAGAAUGUGAUCGACUUGGCUCGGACACAAAGGCUGAAUUCGUCAUGCUCUCGCCUCAAAACACUUCCAUUCCCACUUAAGAUAUGCCUCCUGGUACUGGACAUUAUCUGCCCUAUUGAGUUCACCGAGUUCGAUGUGUAG